AUGGCCUUUCAAAGGAAUCAUUUCUACCGCAGCGAGCUGGCCCUGCUCUGCCUUUUCCUCGGGAUGCUGUGGGAGGCUGGAGCCCGGCAGAUCCGCUACUCCGUUCCUGAGGAGCUGGACAAAGGCUCGUUCGUGGGAAACAUCUCCAAGGACCUGGGACUGGAGCCCCGCGAGCUGGCGGAGCGCGGCGUCCGCAUCGUCUCCAGAGGUAGGACGCAGCUCUUUGCGCUGAGCUCGCGGAGCGGCAGCCUGGUGACCGCGGGCAGGAUAGACCGGGAGGAGCUAUGCGCCCAGAGCGCGCGCUGUCUGGUGAAUUUCAACAUCCUCGUUGAAGAUAGGGUGAAGCUUUUUGGGAUAGAAAUAGAAGUAACUGACAUUAACGAUAAUGCCCCAAAAUUCCAAGCAGAAAUUCUAGAUGUGAAGAUUAAUGAAAACGUUCCUCCAGGGGCGCGCUUUCCGCUUCCUGAAGCUGUGGAUCCGGAUGUGGGCGUGAACACCCUACAGAGCUACCAGCUCAACCCCAAUAAGCACUUCUCUCUGCGGGUUCAGAGCCGACCCACUGGCGUCAAGUUCCCCGAGUUGGUGCUGGAGCGCGCCCUGGAUCGAGAGGAGGAGUCAGUGCACCAUCUAGUGCUCACUGCCUCAGACGGCGGCGACCCUCCCCGAUCUGGCACUGCUCUCGUCACUGUGACUGUCUUUGAUACGAAUGACAACGCGCCUGUCUUCACCUUGCCAGAAUACCGGGUAAGUGUUCCAGAGAACCUGCCUGUGGGCAUGCGGCUGCUGACGGUCACCGCCACCGACAGGGACGAAGGCGCCAAUGGAGAAGUGACAUAUUCAUUCCGAAAAUUACCUGACACACACUUGUUGACAUUUCAGCUAAACAAAAAUAGUGGGGAAAUAACACUGUCAGAAAAUCUAGACUAUGAAGAAACAGACACCUAUGAAAUAGAGGUCCAAGCGGAAGACGGGGGAGCGUACCUUGCAACUGCGAAAGUUCUGGUAACAGUGGAAGAUGUGAACGACAAUAGUCCAGAGGUGACCAUCACAUCUCUGUUUAGUCCUGUGACUGAAGAUUCCCCUCUGGGAACUGUUAUCGCUCUUUUAAAUGUGCACGAUUUAGACUCUGGGCAGAAUGGACAGGUUACCUGUGCCAUCUCAGAGAAUCUGCCAUUUAAAUUAGAGAAGUCGAUUGAUAGCUAUUAUAGAUUGGUGACACACAGAGCCCUGGACAGAGAACAGGUGGCCUCUUACAAUGUCACAGUAACAGCUACAGACAGCGGAAGUCCAUCUCUAUCAACAGAGGUUCAAUUCACUUUGCAUGUGGCAGACAUCAAUGACAAUGCGCCCACCUUCUCCUACCCCUCCUACUCCACCUAUAUUCCAGAAAACAACUCCAGAGGUGCCUCCAUCUUCUCAGUAACUGCUCAUGACCCCGACAGCAAGGAGAAUGCUCAGGUCACUUACUCGCUGACUGAAGACACCAUCCAGGGUGCUCUCCUGUCCUCCUACAUCUCUAUUAAUUCUGACACUGGAGUCCUGUAUGCUCUACGCUCCUUUGACUAUGAGCAGUUUCGAGAGUUGCAGAUGCAGGUGACAGCAUGUGACAGUGGGGACCCUCCACUCAGCAGCAAUGUGUCACUGAGCCUGUUUGUGCUUGACCAGAAUGAUAAUGUGCCCGAAAUCUUAUACCCUACUCUUCCAACUGAUGGCUCCACUGGUGUUGAGCUGGCGCCCCGCUCCGCAGAGCCUGGCUACCUGGUGACCAAGGUGGUGGCGGUGGACAGAGACUCGGGUCAGAACGCCUGGCUGUCCUACCGCCUGCUCAAGGCCAGCGAGCCAGGGCUGUUCGCGGUGGGGGUGCACACUGGCGAGGUGCGCACAGCGCGGGCCCUGCAGGACAGAGAUGCGCUCAAGCAGAGCCUGGUGGUGGCUGUCCAGGACCAUGGCCAGCCCCCUCUCUCGGCCACUGUCACGCUCACCGUGGCCAUAGCUGACAGUAUCCCAGAUGUCUUGGCUGAUCUGAGUAACAUCGAGCCUCCUGUCAAUUCAGACAGCUCAAGCCUCACACUGUACCUGGUGGUGGCUGUGGCGGCUGUCUCCUGUGUCUUUCUUGCCUUUGUCAUCGUGCUGCUGGCACUCAGGGUGCGGCGCUGGCACACUAAGCGUCUGCUCCAGGCUUCCGCCAGCAUGUUGCCAAGCUUGCCCGCCUCACAUUUUGUGGGCGUGGAUGGGGUUCAGGCCUUCCUGCAGACCUAUUCCCAUGAAGUCUCCCUCACCGCGGACUCUGGGAAAAGCCACAUUAUCUUCCCACAGCCCAACUAUGGAGACACACUCAUCAGCCAGGAGAGCUGUGAGAAAAAGGAUCCUUUGUCUUUGUUAGAUGACUCCAGAUUUCCUGUAGAAGACACUCCUUUGGUUCCAGUGAGUUCUAUUUUUAUUCCUUUCCUUUCCUUUCUCUGUUUGUGA